AUGACUGCACGAUACGCACUAAAGCGUAAUAUUAUGAUCUUUGCUAGCGAAGUGCCCGUCAUCAGUGCUUUAAAUCCAUAUCGUAACAUUGAAGACGUUUUUCUUAAUGUGUGGCAUCGUACGAACCCCCAGCAAAUUUCAACAUUGCAAGAAAAAUUGGCCUUAUCGCUAUCAAGUCCAGAAGAAAAAAUGCAGACAAUUGUUGAGGAUCUAGGGAUCUCUCCAGUCAUUACGAAGCUGAUUCAAGAAGCUUCUAAUGCUGAUACAAUUCAACAAGUUGCUCAAGCUCAAGCACAAGUGGUACAAUCAUUACCAACUACUACUCCCAUUGAUCUUAAGACUCAAGUGGUCGAGUUUGUUACUUCGACGAUGCACAAAAGCUUUGGUAUGAAACAAGAGACUGCAGGCAUUGAACAGUAUCAAAAAGAGAAAAAAGUGAUCGUGAAGGAGAGAAAUCUUAAAUUUAUUAAGAAAAAAGUUGCUACGGUAGCACGAUUUAACGUGUUCGUUGGUGGGAAAAUUGAUGGACAAGUCGACGGAAAAGUCAUUGAGGUCAAGAAUCGACUCAAGCGGUUUAUUUCACCUUUACCCAAGUACGAUAUUGCCCAGUUACAGACAUAUCUGUACAUUUUAGGAGUGCGAGAAGGAGAAUUGGUGGAACAUUUACAUGCUGCAAAGACGCAGACAAAAAUGACCAAGGUGUCGUGGGACGACACAAUGUGGAACGCAGAGAUUGAGCCGAAUCUUGUCAAGUUUGGCAGUGCCUUGACGUAUUUGAUGAAGGACCAAACAGCACAAAGUGACUAUCUGCAGUCGGAUAGUAGGCAACAGCGGGAGAUUAUCCGAUACUUUUGGAGCCAAGAGGUGCAGCGAACGGAAUGA